AUGAAGUUGUUGCUCCUGCUGCUGGUCCACACUGCCUUGCUGGAGGGCAGCGUGCUGAGGCACCACAAAGGCACGUUGGUGAGCCGUGUCCAGCGCCAAGCCAAGGAGUCGUGCUCGGAGUCCUGGAGGCGGCGACCCCUAGUGGCCGGGUCCAGGAAGACCCACAGGAAGCUCCUUCGCGGGUCAAAAGACUGGCCUGAUCUCUUUCCAGGACCUUUUCAAGACCCCCGCCAUGCGGACUUGGACCCCCCGGGUUCACCUCCAGCCUCCAGGUCCGCUCGCAGCCUUCACGAAGACCGGAAGAAUUCCACUUCUAGCGGUCUUCUCCAAAACCCCGGCCAAGGCCCCGAUCAGGACUGGUCCCAGGAGGCGGAGGGGGGCGGGGCCAGCAGGUGGGGCCAAGCCGUGCCGAGAGCUCCGCCCUCCUGGAUGACGGUGCUGCACUUCAGGGGCGGUCUGGAGAGGAUCCGCCUGAAGACCAGCGCUCAGGUGGACCUGCCCAGGGCCCAGUUCACCUUGGAACUGUGGAUCCUUCCGGAAGGCGGCCAGAGCAACCCUGCGGUCAUAGCAGGAGUCUACGACACCUGCUCCCACUCCCUGAGUGAGAAGGGCUGGACUGUGGGGAUCAGGACCAGAGACUCUUCAGGCAGCAGAGACGCACGUUUCUACUUCUCACUUCGCACCGACCGAGCACUGAAGUCCACCAGCGUGUUCAGUCCUCAGACCUACUCAGCCAACACCUGGACUCACCUGCUGGUCACCUACGACGCUCACUACAUGAGUCUCUAUGUAGGAGAAAGUGGUCUCCAGGUGGGAGAACUGUAUAGUCCCUUCAUGAAGACCUGUAGAACUUUCUUCCUGGGCUCCAACCAAUCAGAACGAGGACAAGGUUUUCGAGGUCUACUGGGGGGCGUGGUCUUGUGGGACCAUGCUGUCUCUCAUGAAGACCUGAUGAUGCAACCACGCCCGACUAAACCUCCUCUUCUGGCUUCCUGGGCAGACUUCACUAAUGUGGAGCAGAUGUGGACUCCGUGCAAGGUGGACUUCCAUCCAGCGAUCAUCAUCACUCCAUUUCCUGACGUAGGACCGGUGUCCCCCUUCUUAGCGCCUCCUUGUGGCGUGACGUCCUGUGACAACACGGACAUCAUGUGGGGCUACAACCGCCACUGGCAGCUUCGUUCUCCCAAGCGACUGCGCUACAGGAUCGUCAACCUCUGCCAGGACGACGGCCAGAACCCCACCGUGUCCCAGGACCAGAUCCAGCUGCAGCACGGGGCGCUCAUUGCCGCCUUGGCGUCGUACAACAUCACCUUUGACCUGAGCGUGCUGGCCGUCACCAACUCCAGUCUGAGGCGCAGGUUGAUCCUCAGCAACUGUCACGUGGGCAAGAUAGGAAACGGGCGCUGCGACCCCGAGUGUGACCACCCCAGGACGGGUCACGAUGGAGGAGACUGUCUCAGGCCGCCACCUUGUUCCACCUGGAAGAGGCAAGAUGGACGCUGUCACGCCGAAUGUAACAGCGUCCUCUACGACUACGAUGAUGGAGACUGCUGUGACCCUCAGGUGACAGAUGUCCUCAACACCUGCUUUGAUCCACACUCACCUGACAGGGCCUACAUGAGUGUGAAAGAGCUGAAGCAGGAGCUUCACCUGAGUGGCACAGACACGCUCAAUGUCUUCUUUGCCAGCAACUCUGUACGAGAAGAACUAGCCGGAGCAGCAACCUGGCCGUGGGCAAAGGAAGCUCUGACACACCAAGGUGGAAUGGUGCUGAACCCAUCCUAUUUUGGCACAAGUGGCCACCACAACACCAUGAUCCAUGAAAUGGGUCACAUUCUUGGACUGUACCAUGUCUUCAAGGGAGUAAGCGAACGAGAAUCCUGCGACGACCCAUGUCAGGAGACAACAGCAUCCAUGGAAACGGGAGAUCUUUGUGCUGACACGGCACCGACACCCAAGUCCAAAAGCUGCCAUGAUCCUGGAGCUGUGAACGACACCUGUGGCAUCACCGUGUACCAGGACACACCUUACAACAAUUACAUGAGCUACACAGACGACAACUGCACCAACCGAUUCACUCCCAACCAGGUGGCCAGGAUGCAUUGUUAUGUGGACCUGGUCUACCAGAGGUGGCUGACACAAGGUUUGCCUGCUCCCGUUCCUCUGGCACCGCUAGUGACCCAGCAGGGUCCAGAUUGGGUUUCCAUCUACUGGCCGGCGCCACUAGGAGGACCACUACAUCAAAGCUCCGCCCCCAACCUGCCUGAAGUCAGCUGUAAGGAAUGCGAGAAAGGUGGCGUCUUCCACCAGUACGCCCAGGAGGCCACCUCCGCCUCCACCUCCACCUCCACCCGCGUGUGUGACACGUCCGGCUACUGGACACCUGACGAGGCCAUCGGCCAACCGGACGUGGAGAAGUUGUGUGAACCUAGUCUACAAGCCUGGAGUCCGGAGCUCAGUCUUUACGACACCAACGUGACCUCACCGUGUCCACAACCGGAAGGCUGCACCCUCACGCUGAAGUUCCGCUACCCUCUCGUCCCACACACGCUCACCCUCUGGGUCACCUACAUCUCCGCAAGUAACCCCGCCCUGGCUGACGUGGAGCUGAUCCCAGACGCAGGUGAGAGCAUCCACCUGGGAGCGCAGCACGUCUUCUGUGACACGCCCUUCACGCUGCGCCUGCACGCCCUCCGUGUGGCCGUGAGCGCCGUCAAGCUGAGCACCUUUGACGAGAAGAUGGAGGUGGACGCCGCCAUGUUGUCUUCCGGUCCCGCCAGUCCUCUGUGCUCCGCCUGUUCGCCUUUGCUGUAUCGGGUCCACAGGCGGCCUGCUUGGCGCGGUCCACCGCCGUCGCCUCGGACUCAGCAGACCUUCACGGACAGAAGUGUGGAGAGGGGACAAGAGUACGAGUACGUGGUCCAAGUCCAGGCAGGCGGUCUUCUGAGCAGUCCUUCGCCACCCCUCCUUUACACUCACGGUCAGCCUUACUGCGGCGAUGGCGUCAUUGGAGGGGCCGAGGAGUGCGAUGACGGCAAUCUGCUGGAUGCGGACGGCUGCUCCAAGAAGUGUCUCCAGGAAAGUGGCUUCAACUGUCUUGGGGAACCGAGCCGCUGUUACGUCUUCGAAGGAGACGGCGUGUGCGAGGAGUUUGAACGCGGCUCCAGUGUGCAGGACUGUGGUUAUUUCACACCUUUGGGGUACACGGACCAGUGGGCGGAGAGCGCCUCAGCUUCUCAUCAGGACCCCGUCCACUGCCCCGCCCACGCAGCCACCGGCCAACCAUCAUUCCAGAAGCUCUGCAGGUACCAGUACACGGACGAGAGGGAAAAACUGGCCAGGGAUGCUUGGUUUCCUUGCACGGCUCCUUCAGACGCAAAGAACGACCUCCAAGAUCCAUUCUGGCUCAAGGUGGGUUUUGUCCACUCCGGAGUGGCUGCUUCAGUUCUGGUCUAUGUGGCCUCAGGUGGAUCCUGGAGUGAAGACCAUCACCACAGGACAGCAACCAUCCUGCUUGUAGACACCACUGGAAGGAAUCACUCAUUAGGCAAACAUAAUCUCUCUUGCCGUCGGAACCCGCUGAUGGUCAACGUGACCCAUGACCUCUCGCAGCCCUUCUUCCUGACAGCGUCUGUCAUCCUCCUCUUGUCCUCCCCCUCUGUGGCCAUCACCGCCAUUGCCUUGAGGACUUCCUGCCACUUCAGCACCUUCGCCAAGACCGGAUGUUUGAGGCGGACGUGUCAGAUGGACAUCUGCCAUCCCCCGCAGAUUGAUCACGCCUCUGUCAGGUGUGCGGGAGGGGGGGAGUCGUCCCAGUGCUCUGUUCAGUGUCGCCAUGGUUACAGCAUCACCGUCGUCAGCGGGAGGGACGUCCCGCCACACCAGAGCAAGACGGAGAUGGAGUGUUUCCAAGGACUUUGGGACCGUGUGGUCCUUUGCCAGCCUGUGGACUGUGGUCUUCCUGGUCCCUCUCACGUCUACCACGCCAUCUUCACCUGUCCCUGGGGGACCACCUUUGGCAGACAGUGCUCCUUCACCUGUGGACCUCCUGCCAUACUUCAAGGUGACAGCGACCGUUUGGUGUGUUUGGAGGACGGACUGUGGUCUUUCCCGGAGGCGUAUUGUAAGAUCGAAUGUUCCGAACUGCCCAAGGUCCUCAAUGCAAAGCUGCUAACUGCCGAGUGUUUGGCUCCGAGUCACCCUGUUGGCACCGUGUGUCACUACAAAUGUCAGCCAGGGUUCUACCAGGCAGGCAGCGUCAACAACACCCCAAGGAAGUACCUGAAGUUGGAGUGCCAGGAGGGCGGGCAGUGGGGGGGUGGCAGGUGUGAGCCCACAUCGUGCCCACCUUUACCUGACGUGUACCAGGGCAUGUUCACCUGUACCAACCACUUCUUCUACGGCAGCACCUGUACCCUGCAGUGUCCUCUGCCAGCAGAACAUAGUGUGAUUAAGUGCAGUAAAGAUGGAAAAUGGACAGAAAACUUUUCCAUGUGUUCCAACAUUGAAGGACUUUGUUCUUCUCCUCCUCAGCUUCAUCAUAUCGAAUAUUUGUGUAGUGAAGGAACUCAUGUUGGUUCUGUGUGUUCCCCUUCUUGUGUUCUGAGUCCAGACAUGGAUCUUCAUGACCCAGUUAUGUUGCCUAGCAACACUACACCUGCUUCUUUGACACACUGGAUGCUUCCUGUCAAAGUACAGAAGAUGGUGUGCACGGGGAUGAAGAGGUGGUACCCAGACCCUGCCAGUAUUUACUGCAUCCACUCCUGUGAGCCUUUUGGUGGAGAUGGGUGGUGCGACACCCUCAACAACCGCGCCUACUGCCACUAUGAUGGUGGUGACUGCUGCCCUUCCACUCUCUCCUCCAGGAAGGUGGUCCAGUUUGGGGCCGACUGCAACCAAGACCAGUGUACUUGCCUGGAUCCUCAGGCCCAGGAGAACCUAAGCAAGAACCUGGAAGGAAUCCAAUAGUUGGAUCAACGUCUACAAAUAAUAUAAACAAACUAAAUGUUUUUAUACUCGGGGACAUUCUUGUAAAAAUAAAGUAUUAGCAUCAUUGCUAAUGUAGAAACUCCCGCUAUUAAUGUUGAAGUUGGGUAUUACUGAUGUACUGUGCAGAAAUACUACUAUAUAUUACAUUAUACUAUGAAGUACUAUGUUAUUUUAUUUAUCAGUUUUUGGU